CGCGGCCGCGUUGUAAGCUCGCUCAUUACGUUAAACAUUCAGAUUUUCAGCGAAAUUGUGAAAGUUCUUAGAAGUGUUCUUGUUUUUUUAUGAACUGCAACUAAAAGAUUUGAAUGUAAAUGCCGAGGAUGUGGUUCAUCGGCGCGGCGGCCGAAAGGCAGCCACCAAGGAGUGGGGGGCCUGCGGUAGUCGCUUCAGCUGGAUGCGGAGUACCCCCCGUACCAAUCUUCUCACACGAUUCCCAUUCAGUGCCUAGAAAAAGAGGACUUGCAGAAUGGAUGUGGACUUUAACUGGACAUAACCGUGAACCAAGACCCAAACUCGACCAUGGCGGAGAACUCCAAAUAAUGCUGCCGAGUAAAGAUCAAGAUAAGUUAAAUUCUGGUGAAGUGUGCCUUUUAGCUGAAAGCCCUUAUCGAAUACUGAGGGCGGCAGAAAGCGGCAAUGUUGAAGACUUUAUGCGCUUGUAUCUGAGUGAGCCUUCUCGGCUGGCGGUCCGGGACGGUCGCGGGCGGACAGCGGCGCACCAAGCCGCUGCGAGAAACAACACCAACAUAUUACACUUCAUCAACAACUACGGUGGAGAUCUUAAUGUCAAAGACAACAAUGGUAACACACCCCUGCAUGUAGCUGUUGAGAACGAAGCUAUAGACGCUAUUGAAUUUUUAUUACAACAAAACGUUGAUACGGGACUAUUGAACGAAAAGACUCAGGCACCUAUUCAUUUGGCUACAGAACUAAAUAAGGUAUCUGUGUUGCAAGUUUUCGCAAAGUACAAAACCCAAUUCAACGUGGAUUUAGGCGGCGAACACGGGCGUACCGCUCUUCAUUUUGCUGCAAUACACGACCACGACCUGUGCGCAAGAGUAUUGAUCACCGACUUGGGCGCGGAAUGCAAACGGCCUUGCAACAACGGCUAUUAUCCAAUCCACGAGGCCGCAAAAAACGCAUCGUCAAGAACUAUGGAGGUUUUCCUCCAAUGGGGAGAGGCGAAGGGUUGUACGAGAGAACAGAUGAUAUCACUUUAUGACAACGAAGGCAAUGUGCCACUGCAUUCUGCAGUUCAUGGAGGGGAUAUCAAGGCGGUAGAACUAUGCCUGAGGUCCGGUGCUAAGAUUUCUACACAACAACAUGAUCUGUCGACCCCCGUGCAUUUAGCUUGUGCCCAGGGAGCCUUGGAAAUUGUCAAGUUAAUGUUUACGAUGCAACCUAAAGAGAAAUUGGCUUGCCUCACUUCGUGCGACGUGCAGAAAAUGACUCCGAUACACUGCGCCGCUAUGUUCGACCAUCCCGACAUAGUGAACUAUCUCAUUUCUGAAGGUUCAGAUAUCAAUCCGCUAGACAAGGAAAGAAGAUCGCCCCUUCUGCUUGCUGCUUCUAGAGCGGGAUGGAGGACGGUCCAUACUUUGAUACGGCUUGGUGCAGAUAUUCAGCUAAAAGACAUCAACUCUAGAAAUGUUCUUCAUCUAGUAGUUAUGAAUGGUGGUCGCUUGGAAGACUUUGCUGCUAACUGCAAGGAUCGAUGUGAAAAAAGUUUGGCUCAGCUUCUAAACGAGAAAGAUAACACUGGCUGUUCACCGCUGCACUACGCCAGCAGAGAGGGUCACAUCAGAUCUUUGGAGAAUUUAAUUCGACUCGGGGCUUGCAUUAAUUUAAAAAAUAACAAUAAUGAGAGUCCAUUGCACUUCGCUGCCAGAUACGGUCGUUAUCACACGGCUUGUCAACUAUUGGAUUCUGACAAGGGCACGUUUAUCAUAAACGAGAGCGAUGGAGAAGGACUCACUCCCCUGCAUAUUUCUUCAAGAGAAGGUCACACAAGAGUAGUACAAUUGCUGCUGAACCGAGGCGCCUUGUUGCAUAGAGAUCAUAAUGGGAGGAAUCCCCUACACUUGGCCGCUAUGAGUGGUUACACGCAAACUAUUGAGUUGCUGCAUUCAGUCCACUCGCAUUUACUUGAUCAGGUCGAUAAAGAUGGGAAUACUCCUCUACACCUCGCCACGAUGGAGAACAAGCCAAACUCUAUAGCUCUCCUCUUGUCUAUGGGUUGCCGACUCAUUUAUAAUAAUCUGGACAUGAGCGCUAUAGACUACGCUAUCUACUACAAGUUCCCCGAGGCAGCGUUGGCGAUGGUCACUCAUGAACAAAGAGCGAAGGAAGUAAUGUCGUUGCGUUCAGACCGCCAUCCGUGUGUGACCCUCGCCCUCAUCGCCUACAUGCCGCGAGUGUUCGAAGCUGUUCAGGACAAAUGUAUAACUAAAGCCAACUGCAAGAAGGAUUCCAAAAGUUUUUAUAUAAAGUAUUCUUUCAAAUUCUACCAACACUCCAAGCUUGAGAUAGACGCAUUGCGACUGGCGCUGAACGACCCCAAAUACCGGCCAGAACCGUUGAGUGUGAUCAACGCCAUGGUGGCACACGGUCGUGUAGAAUUGCUGGCUCAUCCACUGAGCCAAAAAUAUCUUCAAAUGAAAUGGAAUUCUUACGGCAAAUAUUUUCAUUUGGCAAAUUUGCUUUUUUACUGUAUAUAUCUGACUUUUGUUACCGUUUAUACGUAUCUGUUGAUGUUGAAUGCUGAUCCGAGCACAUCGUCCGUUCAAAGAAGAGAAGAUCAGAUAUGUAAGGCCAACAACGGAACGAACGCAAGCGCACUCACUACGCAAAGCACUAAUUGUGGAAACAGAAACGUUGAAUUCAAUGGUGAUUUCGAGACCUUAGUAGCAAUGUACACGAGCACAGUAGCUAUUCUGGUGUAUAACGCAAUCUGUCUUGGUCGUGAGGCGUAUAAUGUGAAACAGCAGAAAUGGCAUUACCUGGUUGACCCCUCGAACUUCGUUUCCUGGCCGCUUUACCUUUGCUCCUCGCUUAUGGUGUUUCCGACUGUUCUUGGCAACUAUUCUGAUAUUCAGUUUUCCGCCGCUUCGGUGACAGUGUUUUUAUCUUGGUUUGAACUGUUACUACUGUUGCAACGUUUCGAUCAAGUCGGCAUCUACGUGGUCAUGUUUCUUGAGAUUCUGCAAACGCUCAUCAAGGUGUUGAUGGUAUUUUCCAUAUUGAUCAUCGCAUUCGGAUUGGCAUUCUUUAUACUAUUGUCUAAAGGUCAGCACGUCUCCUUCAAUAGCAUACCAAUGUCCCUGAUGCGAACUUUCGCCAUGAUGUUGGGCGAGAUAGAUUUUGUCGGAACCUACGUCCAACCUUACUAUAAACCAGAGAUGGAUAUUAUCCUCCCAUUCCCGAUGCCGACUUUCCUAAUACUAGGUGUGUUUAUGGUCUUGAUGCCAAUUCUGCUGAUGAACUUACUCAUCGGUUUGGCCGUCGGGGACAUAGAGAGCGUCAGGAGGAACGCUCAGCUGAAACGAUUGGCUAUGCAAGUGGUCCUUCACACCGAAUUGGAAAGGCAGCUGCCAGCGAUUCUUCUGGAGAGAGUGGACAAAGACGAGUUGAUAGAAUACCCGAACACAAACAAAUGCAAACUGGGAUUUCUUGACCUCAUACUCAGGAAAUGGUUCUGUAAUCCAUUCACCGACGACGCGGGAUUAGACCUUGUGCUCGAAAGUAACGAGGACUUCAUCACGGCUGAGUUGGACAAACAAAAACGUCGACUAAGGGAAAUGUCACAGCUCUUGGAACAACAACACACGCUAGUCCGUCUUAUAGUUCAGAAAAUGGAGAUAAAAACAGAGGCUGGCGACGUUGAUGAAGGUGUUUCACCAUCAGAAACCCGCGUCGUGCCUCGAUGGAGUUCACCGAGGAUCCGAAAAAAAUUGCGCACAGCGCCCUCUUUUAAUAAAGGCGGCUAAUUUUUAAUGCAUGAAUACCUACUAAUAAAAAUAAUAAGGGGUGUUACGCUAUAGAAAUUGGAAUAAUAUGAACACCGUAUUGUAUUUCAUUAUGAAGUCGUUUUCUUUAGAACAAAAUUAAAAAAAAGCAAAAAAUAAAUCGUUACGAUAUUGCGACCACACAUUCCAGAGUUCCACUUCUAUAGUUUAAUAUUAUUGCCAAUUCUAUCCGUAACGCUGAUUUAUUGUUUACAACACCGUAACAGUACUAA